AUGGCGGGGAGGAAUCACUCGGUGGUGACAGACUUCUUCCUCAUUGCGUUCACUGAGCAUCCCCAGUGGGGGCUGCCUCUCUUCCUGCUGUUUUUGAGUUUCUAUCUUGUCACUCUGCUGGGGAACGCGGGAAUGAUCAUUCUGAUCUGCAAAGAUCGCCAGCUGCACACCCCCAUGUACUUCUUCCUCGGCCACCUUUCCUUCGUGGACAUGUGCUACUCCUCCGUCAUCGUCCCUCAGAUGCUGGCUGUGCUGCUGGACCACGGCGCAGCCAUUUCGCAGGCUCGCUGUGCCGCUCAGUUCUUCCUCUUCACCUUUUUUGCUUCCAUUGACUGCUACCUCUUGGCAAUCAUGGCCUAUGACCGCUACGUGGCCGUGUGCCAACCCCUGCUGUAUGUCACCAUCAUGACCGAGAAGGCCUGCUGGGGCUUAGUAGCCGGGGCAUACGUUGCUGGUUUUGUCAGUGCCUUUGUGCGAACAGUCACAGCCUUCACGCUCUCUUUCUGUGGAAACAAUGAGAUCGACUUUAUUUUCUGUGACCUCCCUCCUCUGUUGAAACUCACUUGUGGGGAAAGCUUCACUCAGGAGGUGGUGAUAAUUGUGUUUGCCACUUUUGUCAUGCCUGCUUGUAUAUUGGUGAUCUUGGUGUCCUACCUAUUUAUCAUCAUGGCCAUCAUGAAGAUCCGCUCUGCUGGGGGCCGGGCCAAGACCUUCUCUACCUGUGCCUCCCACCUCACCGCUGUGUCCCUCUUCUUUGGCACACUCAUCUUCAUGUACCUGCGAGAUAACUCGGGCCAGUCCUCAGAGGAGGACCGGGUGGUGUCCGUGCUUUACACAGUGGUGACCCCAAUGCUGAACCCCCUCAUCUACAGCCUGAGGAACAAGGAGGUGAAGGAGGCUGUUCUGAAAGCCCUGAGCAGAUCAAAGGCUUCCGGAAGGCCCUAG